AUGACCGAGAUCACAGCUCCAGAAACUCCGGCGACACCAGCGGCACCAGAGGCUCAAACCGCUGCACCAGCAGCCCCAGAGACCCCAGCAGCUGUACCAGCCAACGGAAAGACUAAAGCAGUCUACAAGUUGAAGAGGAGCUGGACUUGGUGGUACCUGAGUGACGACCGCAUGAAGUCUUGGGAAGACCGUCUGAAGAAUGUGAACACGUUCAACUCCGUCAAUGAAUUCUGGGCUCUUCAUGAUGCUAUCAAGCCACCAAGUGGACUCAACCCACCAUCCGAUUACAACGUUUUCCGUGAUGGAAUCGAGCCAAUGUGGGAGGUCCCAGAGAAUCAAAACGGUGGUCGCUGGCUAAUCACCAUCGAGAAGGGACGUACUCCCGAAAUUAUGGACACCAUCUGGACCGAAAUCCUCAUGGCGAUGGUUGGCGAGCAAUUCGCCCAAGACAUCGAGAGUGUGUGCGGAAUCGUGUGCAAUGUCCGUGGAAAGGGAUCGAAGAUUUCAGUUUGGACAACCAACUCAAGUGACGACGAUGCCAAUCUUCGUAUUGGAAACGUGCUCAAGACGGUUUUGAACAACGCGUCGUUGAUUCAUCAAAGACCCUUGUAUGAUGUUCUUCGCUAUGAAGACCACGAGAGCUGUCAGAAGAAAACAAGCUCAGGAGUCAAGGCGAAGCACUCCAUCUACGCUGUGGAGCCAAGAGAAGAGAAAGUCGCUGCUCCUGCUCCAGUCACUCCAACCACAUCAACCAACUAA